CCUGGAGUUUCCAGUUCCGGCCUCGUAGGGGCGGGAGGUAACCGAGAAUAUGCGGCUGUCGGUCGCCGCCGCCAUCUCCCACGGCCGCGUAUUCCGCCGCCUGGGCCUUGGUCCCGAGUCCCGCAUCCACCUGUUGCAGAACUUGCUUACGGCACUGGUGCGACACGAACGCAUCGAGGCGUCAUGGGCGCGCGUGGACGAGCUGAGGGGCUACGCCGAGAAGCUCAUCGACUAUGGGAAGCUGGGAGACACCAACGAACGAGCCAUGCGCAUGGCUGACUUCUGGCUCACGGAGAAAGACUUGAUCCCAAAGCUGUUUCAAGUACUGGCCCCUCGGUACCAAGGUCAGAAUGGGGGCUACACAAGAAUGCUGCAGAUCCCAAAUCGGAGUCAGCAGGAUCGGGCCAAAAUGGCAGUGAUUGAGUAUAAAGGGAACUGUCUGCCACCCCUGCCCCUGCCUCGCAGAGACAGCAACCUUACACUCCUAAACCAGCUGCUUCAGGGACUGCAGCAGGACCAGGAAGCAAGCACCCACACAACUCAAACACAGGGGAUUUAACGGGAGCCAAGAGUGUGUGGCCCUCAUCAGUGCCCAUGAUCACAGGCCUUGGGAGCUUUUUUAAUCUCUAAGAAGAACUGGAGCAGGAGUUGUAAGAUGGACCAUCUUGUUGGAGCCCAGAACCUUCUGGGAGUCAGAUAACCCUCUUUGCAUAAUAGAUAAAUUCAUUGUAUGAGUAUAUGUAAACUGAUUUUUUUUUUCUCCUCUGAGGAUUUCUGGAGAAUGAGAACUAUCCAAGUAUUCAGUCUCUGUAAGACAGUAAAUCCAUGUUGUGUGUUUCUGGCUCUUAAA